GCAGCCUGUGCCAGCGAAGAUGCCCACGUCCCUCCUCCCUCCUGCCCAGCCACCACGGGCCGAGCGCCGGUGCGGCAACGCGUGAAGAGCCCCCGCAUCACGGGACGGAGCCGAUCGUGUAAGGAACGGGAAGCUGCUCCUCGCCUGCCAAGGGAAGGGGAGCGGCCCCGCACUGCCGCCCGCGCUGCUGUGGCGGCCCCGGCUCCUCUCGCCGCCGCGGCCCCGGACCCUCCGGCGGACCGAGCCCGCUACCUGCCUGGCCGCGGGAGGAUGGAGGCCCCACAACUCCUGCGCCUGCUGCUCACCACCAGCGUGCUGCGCCUGGCACAGACUGCAAACCCCUUCGUGGCUCAGCAGACACCCCCAGAUCCCUGCUAUGAUGAGAGUGGGGCUCCCCGUCGCUGCAUCCCCGAGUUUGUCAACGCUGCCUUCGGGAAGGAGGUGCAGGCUUCCAGCACCUGUGGGAAGCCCCCGACUCGGCACUGCGAUGCCUCGGACCCCCGCCGAGCCCACCCACCCGCUUACCUGACCGACCUCAACACGGCCGCCAACAUGACGUGCUGGCGCUCCGAGACCCUGCACCACCUCCCCCAUAACGUCACCCUCACCCUCUCCCUCGGCAAGAAGUUCGAGGUGGUCUACGUCAGCCUCCAGUUCUGCUCGCCCCGGCCGGAGUCCACCGCCAUCUUCAAGUCCAUGGACUAUGGCAAGACGUGGGUGCCCUACCAGUACUACUCCUCGCAGUGCCGCAAGAUCUACGGCAAGCCCAGCAAGGCCACCGUCACCAAGCAGAACGAGCAGGAGGCCCUGUGCACCGACGGCCUCACCGACCUCUACCCGCUCACCGGUGGCCUCAUCGCCUUCAGCACGCUCGACGGGCGGCCCUCGGCCCAGGACUUUGACAGCAGCCCUGUGCUGCAGGACUGGGUGACGGCCACCGACAUCCGGGUGGUGUUCAGCCGUCCCCACCUCUUCCGCGAGUUGGGGGGCCGUGAGGCUGGCGAGGAGGACGGGGGGGCCGGGGCCACCCCCUAUUACUACUCGGUGGGCGAGCUGCAGGUCGGCGGGCGCUGCAAGUGCAACGGGCACGCCUCGCGCUGCGUCAAGGACAAGGAGCAGAAGCUGGUGUGCGACUGCAAGCACAACACCGAGGGGCCCGAGUGCGACCGCUGCAAGCCCUUCCACUACGACCGGCCGUGGCAGCGGGCCAGCGCCCGCGAGGCCAACGAGUGCCUGGCCUGCAAUUGCAACCUGCACGCUCGGCGCUGCCGCUUCAACAUGGAGCUGUACAAGCUGUCGGGCAGGAAGAGCGGCGGCGUUUGCCUCAACUGCCGACACAACACGGCUGGGAGGCACUGCCACUACUGCAAGGAGGGCUUCUACCGGGACCUCAGCAAGUCCAUCACGGACCGCAAGGCCUGCAAAGCCUGUGACUGCCACCCGGUCGGAGCUGCCGGCAAGACCUGCAACCAAACAACGGGGCAGUGCCCAUGUAAGGACGGCGUGACCGGCCUCACCUGCAACCGCUGUGCCAAGGGCUUCCAGCAGAGCCGCUCGCCCGUGGCCCCCUGCAUCAAGAUCCCUGCCAUCAAUCCGACCUCCCUCAUCACCAGCACAGAGGCACCUGCAGACUGUGACUCCUACUGCAAGCCAGCCAAAGGCAACUACAAGAUUAACAUGAAGAAAUACUGCAAGAAAGAUUAUGUGGUCCAAGUGAACAUUUUGGAAAUGGAGACGGUGGCCAACUGGGCCAAGUUCACCAUCAACAUCCUCUCUGUCUACAAGUGCCGUGACGAGCGGGUCAAGCGUGGAGACAACUUCUUGUGGAUCCACCUCAAGGACCUGUCCUGCAAAUGCCCCAAAAUCCAGAUCAGCAAGAAGUACCUGGUGAUGGGGAUCAGCGAGAACUCCACCGACCGGCCGGGACUGAUGGCCGACAAGAACAGCCUGGUCAUCCAAUGGAGGGAUGCCUGGACUCGCCGUCUUCGGAAACUGCAGCGGCGGGAGAAGAAAGGGAAGUGUGUGAAGCCCUGAGGGCCUCGUGCUCUGCACAGGUCCCGGCCCGGCCGCGCACCCAGCCCGUGCCCAGAGACUCUGUACAUAUAUAUCGUGUGAACGGACUCUUCUGUCUAUAGUGUAUAUUUUGGCAAUGGUUCCCCUUUGUGUGUGUGUGUGCACGCGUGGGUGUGUGUGUGUGUGUGGGUCUCCUUCUCUCAGUGUGUAUUAAAAAUAAGGCGGUAAUGACAAACCUUUAAUGAGGAGCAAAGCAGAGGGGGUCCUGGGGGUGCCUGUUGCCUAAAGGAGCUUGAGGGGCUGGUUUCUUGCUCCGGGCGUGCUGUUCCUCAUCCUUCUGUCCUAGUCUCUCUUUCCCCUUGUACAAAACCUUCUGCCCAGUGCUGCUGUCUGAGCUUGCAGCUCUCUCUGCUGAGGGCCUGCUUCCCCCUCACGUGCUGCACAUGUGCUGCUCUCAGCUCUCGUGCCCCCUUUUCUUGUGCAGCAGAGACGGGAGGUCAGUUUCCUCCAUCCCGGUGCACACACGGACUGGCUGGGUGGAGACCAUCCAGCACUGCAGCACCAGCCCCAGAAGCUCCUCUGGGAGAACCAAGUGACCUUU